AUGGCUGACCGUGGAGCAACCCGUGGCGGAUUCGCAUCUCGUGGAGGAGACCGUGGUGGUGACCGUGGCCGUGGCGGCCGUGGUCGCGGCCGUGGUCGCCGUGGUCCCAAGAACGAGGAGAAGGAGUGGCAGCCCGUCACCAAGCUCGGUCGUCUCGUCAAGGCCGGCAAGAUCAAGUCCAUGGAGGAGAUCUACCUUCACUCCCUGCCCAUCAAGGAGUACCAGAUUGUCGACUUCUUCCUCCCUACCCUCAAGGACGAGGUCAUGAAGAUCAAGCCCGUCCAGAAGCAGACCCGUGCCGGUCAGCGUACCCGCUUCAAGGCCGUCGUCGUCAUCGGUGACUCUGCCGGUCACGUCGGUCUCGGUAUCAAGACCUCCAAGGAAGUCGCUACCGCCAUCCGCGCCGCCAUCAUCAUUGCCAAGCUCGCCGUUGUCCCCAUCCGCCGUGGUUACUGGGGCUCCAACCUUGGUGAGCCUCACUCCAUCCCCGUCAAGGAGAGCGGCAAGUGCGGUUCCGUCACCGUCAGACGUCUGUUGCAGCUUGCCGGUGUCAACGACGCCUACUCUGCCUCGUCCGGUUCCACCAAGACCCUCGAGAACACCCUCAAGGCCACCUUCACCGCCAUCACCAACACCUACGGUUUCCUCACCCCCAACCUGUGGAAGGAGACCAAGCUCAUCCGCUCCCCUCUCGACGAGUACGCCGAUGUCCUCCGCCAGGGCAAGCGCUACUAA